UCGCCUUUCCCCUGCAAUGUUUUGCUCUAGUUCCUGUUUCCCAGCAUGCAAUGUACUGACGUCUUCACGGGCCCAAGAUGGCGGCUGACAGUGAUCCCGAGUCCGAGGUGUUUGAGAUCACAGACUUCACCACUGCGUCCGAGUGGGAAAGGUUUAUUUCAAAAGUUGAAGAGGUUUUGACUGAAUGGAAGCUAAUUGGGGAAACCUCAAAUAAACCCCCAGAAAAGGGAGAAUAUACAUCAGGAGUCUGGGAGGAGAAAGGAGAAGAGGUUUUAUUUGCAGACUUCAGAUUCUCUAUUCGUCACCAUUAUUUAGUGCAAAAGUCGAGUGAGAAAGAAGAGAAGGAAGACACUGGAGAAGAUUCCAUCCCCGUGUGCAUGCAGGAUCUGCUCUGCACCAACAACGAUUUCCCUCCUGUAGCACAUUGUCUAGUGAGAUGGUAUGGGCUACGGGAGUUUGUGGUCAUAUCGCCGGGUGCCAAUGAUGCUGUAAUUAGUGAGUCCAAGUGCAAUCUUCUCCUGAGUUCAGUUUCAAUAGCCUUGGGGAACACUGGCUGCCAGGUGCCGCUCUUUGUCCAGGUUCAUCAGAAAUGGAGGAAGCUUUACGUGGGGGAGUGUCGUGGUCCCGGAGUACGGACAGAUUUCGAGAUGGUCCAUCUACGGAAAGUUCCCAAUCAGUAUACGCAUUUAUCUGGGCUUCUUGAUAUCUUCAAAUCUAAAAUUGGAUGCCCACUGACAGCGCUGCCUCCUGUUAACAUUGCCAUUCGAUUUACUUACGUCCUGCAAGAUUGGCAGCAAUAUUUUUGGCCUCAGCAACCUCCAGACAUCGAUGCACUUAUUGGUGGUGAAGUUGGAGGACUGGAAUUUGGAAAACUUCCCUUUGGAGCUUGUGAAGACCCAAUAAGUGAACUCCAUUUAGCUACAACAUGGCCUUGUUUGACCGAAGGAAUCAUUGUGGACAAUGACGUAUACUCAGACUUGGAUCCACUUCAAGCUCCUCAGUGGUCUGUCAGAGUUCGGAAAGCAGAUAAUCCUCAGUGCAUGCUGGGUGAUUUUGUUUCAGAAUUUUUUAGACUUUGCAGAAGAAAAGAGUCUACAGAUGAACUGCUGGGGAAGUCUGCAUUUGAAGAAAAUGGAAAAGAAGGAGCAGAUAUAAGCCAAGCGCUAUCAAAACUCACUGAGCCAGCUCCAGUACCUAUUCAUAAGCUGUCUGUAACCAGCAUGGUCCACAGUGCAAGAAAGAAAAUUCGUAAGCACAGGGGAGCUGAUGAGUCACCCUUAAACAACGAUGUCCUCAAUGCCAUCUUAUUUUUCUUGUUCCCUGACACCAAAUCACUUGACGGAUCGGAAGCCAAACCUAGCACCUCCACAGGAAACAUCUCCUCACAGUCAGAGAGCGAAGACUAUAACCUGUACAGCCAGCUGAAGUCUGCACCCUCGAAUAGCCUGACAUACAAACUGGCAUUAUGUCUAUGCAUGGUCAACUUCUACCAUGGAGGAGUAAAGGGUGUGGCUCACCUGUGGCAAGAGUUUGUUCUGGAAAUGCGCUAUCGAUGGGAAAAUAAUUUCCUUAUUCCCGGGUUAGCAAAUGGAUCCCCUGAUCUAAAAUGUUGCUUGCUUCAUCAGAAGCUCCAGAUGUUAAACUGUUGCCUGGAGAGGAAGAAAGCCAGGGACGAGGGGAAGAAAGGGAACCCUUUGUACAGCUCUAGUGAGUCUUCUGUUAACAAGACAGCGAGUGACUUGUUGAGCCCAGUGGAGGCUGACAAAAGCAAAUAUGAAGUGGCCAAAUCAUGGGAUUCGUGGAGUGACAGCGAGGAAGAGUUCUUUGAGUGUCACAGUGACACGGAAGAGCUGAAAGAGAGCGGACAGGAAAGUGCAAGAAAAGCCAAAGAGGAAACAAAAGAGAAUCCAUCUCCCAAACCAGAAGGGCGCUUACAUCAGUCCGGGAACUUAAUGUUGCUCAACUCUGGGGAACCCCUUUACAUUCCUGUUACGCAGGACCCGGCACCUAUGACAGACGAUCUCCUAGAAGAGCAAUCUGAGGUAUUGGCAAAACUGGGGACCUCAGCCGAAGGAGCCCACCUAAGGGCCCGGAUGCAAAGUGCCUGCCUGCUCUCUGACAUGGAAUCCUUUAAGGCUGCUAAUCCAGGCUGCUGCUUGGAAGACUUUGUAAGGUGGUAUUCCCCCAGGGAUUAUAUUGAAGAGGAGGUAAUGGAUGAUAAAGGUAACAAGAUCUUCAAAGGAGAACUAAGUGCCCGCAUGAAAAUCCCCAAUAACAUGUGGGUGGAAGCCUGGGAAACGGCCAAGCCAAUCCCUGCCCGCCGACAACGGAGAUUGUUUGAUGAUACCAAAGAGGCAGAAAAGGUUCUGCAUUACCUUGCGGUUCAGAAGCCGGCUGACUUGACCAGGCACCUCUUGCCUUGUGUUAUUCAUGCAGCUCUGUUGAAGUUAAAGGAGGAAGAGGCAGCGGAAGACAUUCCGUCGGGCAGGAAAGCCAUAAAGCAAAUCAUCUCUCAUUCCAGCAAAGUCCUUCGUUUUCCCAGUCCCGACGACAAGAAACUGGAAGACGUCAUCAGCCAAAUCAGUAACGUGGAAGCGGCAAUUGCGAGGGCGAGAUCUCUGAAGGCGAAGUUUGCAAUUGACCGGUGUGAAAAGUCUGAGGAGAAAGAGGAUUUGGAAAAGUUUGUGAGCUGCCUGCUGGACCAACCAGAGGUUCCGAUCAUUGGAGCCGGGAGAGGAGCCGCUGGUACCAUCAUCCACAAGAUGUUUGUGCAGAGGCUGUCUGAAUCUUCCGAUGAGGCUUUGACGUUGGCCCCCGUGGAGGAGGAGCCCAAAAGAUCCAGCUCCUCAGAUGAUCGCAGACAGACAUCUGGGACAGAUUUCCCUUCUCCUGCUGGCCGAGAGCUCAUUCUACGCACCAGCGUCCCCAGACCUGCCCCUUAUUCCAAAGUGCUGCCCCAGCGCAUGUACAGCGUCCUCACUAAGGAAGAUUUCAGACUCACUGGCGCCUUCUCCUCUGAUACGUCCUUCUUCUGACGCUCUCCAGCCAAUCAGCACCCGCUACAGAUCCAUGGAUGGAAGUCCCAGGCAGCUUGUCUGUGUGAGAUGCUUUGCUCUGCUCAUCAUGACUUUGGAGAAAGCUUUGUUAGUGCACUUUGUGUCUUUAAGUGAGUUAAACAUUAAUUAUAAUCUCAUCAUGAAGGUGACCAUUUAAAGGCCAUGUAAUAUAUGUCUUUGGGAUUGGUUGGGAAACCUUGUUCCUGUUAAAGCUAAACCUGUAUAAUUCUAUUUUCUCUACUGCCCACACCCAUACUUUGUGUCAUGCCUCUUGUGCUGUGAGGAGAGUAAUACUGCACUAUGGGAGAUUGUGGCCAGUCACACUGAGGCAAUUGCUGCUUAGGCGAAUCUCCAGUAGCCUUCAUAGCCUAAGCACAAGGUUUUGUGGGAACUGCUAUUUUCAUUUAGUCAUAAGUGGGUAGAAAAUAUAGUAUUUCCCCAGGCAGCAGAGAUGGGUGCGGGUAGGGUUGCCACCUUUUCUUGGGAAAAAAUACCGGCAUUUCUAUAUAUUUAUCUUUUUCCCCCUCUUAAUAACAUUGGGAUCAACCAUCCUUUUUACCGUCCAGGCCAGUAAAAUACCGGCCAGGUGGCCAUCCUAGGUGCGGGGAGCAGAGACGGGCGCUGUGCCAGAGUUGAGACAUCUGAAUGUGCUGGAAUGAAAUGACUGCUGAAAUUAUUUAUUUUUGCUAGGGGCACCCCUUUCAGCGGCGCAGGGCUGCAGUAUUGGGGGGAGGGGUGCCUGGACUCCAUUUGUAGUAUAUCUAUAUAAUGGCAUUCCCAUGAGCUUGCUAUUGUUUUAAUGUAGUGUAAAUUUAAAGUGUUUUAAUCUGAAAGAGACACUUUUCCUGUACUGACUGCAUCCUGUAACCAGGGCCCUGAAAUCCUCUUGUAUCAGUCGGUGAGGCUCUUCUUUGUUUAUUCUUUUGUCUGUGUCUUGUCCAUCCGCUGAGCAGCCUGAUGCCAUUGUGUAAUUAAAUAAUUCAAUGGCGGAGGUGAUGCCAUCCAGCUGUAAGAAGCUUCACAGAUGUGGGGCCCAUUCUAAAGGAAACCACUCCCUAAUGUAUGUUACAUAUAAAUGAUCUGUUACUAUGAUGCACACAGGGAUACGCUGAGACAAGUUGCAAUUGGUCUGAUAUGAUCCAAUGCACCCUAGCAAUGAAGCAGUGCUUUGAAUGAGAGACUGGAUAUGAAUAGGAAAGGGGCUGAAUAGAAGGAUAAGUAAGUUAAAGUAACAAUAAAUACAAUAAUAAAACUGAAGUCUCCCUUGGCCAUAGUUUUUAUCUGGAAAUUGGCAAAAGAGGUAAUAUUUUAAAAAAAUGGAGAAAAAAAAAUCUACUAAAUAAAUAAAGACGUUGCAAAGAAUAGGACAUAUUUAAAGGUGAACUAACCCUUUAAAUAAUAUGGCAGCAGGUGUCGGUACUGAGCAGUAUCCAAUCCCGCUGUCUUCUCAACCCUCCCACUGUUCAGUCAGAGAAUGGAUUGGCUCAUAUCAGUAGUGUAAAGUAUCAUGUUGUGCCAACAAGGGCUCCACCUUAUGGACAAACUGAGUAUCACAACUUCAUGAACAAGGUAGGAGGGAACAACCAUGAGUGAAAGUCCUGCAAGUUCCAUACGCCCCAAGCUGGUAUGAGGGGGAUACAAGGGAUGUCACUUUGCCUCUGACCCCAGAGGUGUAGAUCAGUGCUAUUGUAUUAUACAUGACUAAAAUCAUAUAAGAACCAAAACUUUCUUUUCUCUUUGGUUAUUUCCCCUUUAUUAUUGCCUUCAAGCGGAGCAGCAGCCCUUCUGUUCUAAAUGUUGCUGAUGCUGCAGGGGUUGUGUUUCUAUGUGCAUAGCAUUCGGGUAUCCCCCCCCCUACACAAGCCAGAAUUGGCCACAAAGGGUUAAUGCUUUAGAGCAGUAAAAGAAUCAGAUUUGUUUCCCUGGCGAUUAGAUUGAGCCUGUAGUUGUGCUGAUUGUGAUUGGCUGCUGGCAUGUGACAGACAAGCUUGUGACCAACACUCAGCCUGCAGCUUCCAGCAGAUAAAAGCAUUUGUAUAAUGUCAGUCUGUCUGUAAGUAAUAAAACCUGUGAGCUUUAA